AUGAGUGGGCCUGCUGUCACCAUCGCUCAGCCGGUUGUCGUGUCACUUGCUGACCUGAAAGCCGGAACCGUCCCUUUCGAAAGGCUUGUCGAAGCUUUUGGCCCGGACUCGCUCGGCAUUCUGGUUGUUAAAGACGUCCCUCCUGAAUUUCCCCAACUCCGGCGCCAGGCCCUGUCAUACGCCUCGUAUCUCGGGAACCUCCCUGAAGACGAACUCCGCAAGGUUGAGAACGCGGCCGCGAAGUACCUCACCGGCUGGUCCCUGGGCAAGGAGCAGCUGAAGGACGGCCAGGUCGACACCUUCAAGGGCUCGUUCUACGCCAACUGCGCCUUCUACACGGACCCGGCGCUCGACUGCGCCAGGCCCACGGCCGAGUUCUCCCCCGAGAACUUCCCCGAGUACCUCUCGCCCAACAUCUGGCCGGCGCCGGCCGUCCUCCCGGGCUUCAAGAGCAGCCUCGAGGACCUCUGCCGCCUCCUCAUCGACGCCGCCGUCCUCGUCGCGCGCGCCUGCGACCGCUACGCCGAGAGCGAGAUCGAGGGCUACGCCAGCGGGUACGUCGAGCACGUCGUGAGCACGAGCAACACCACCAAGGCGAGGCUGCUGCACUACUACCCGCAGUCGCAGGAGGACGCGACCGGGAACGAGGACGACUGGUGCGGCGUCCACCUGGACCACUCGGUGCUGACGGCCCUGACGUCGGCCAUGUUCGUCGACGAGCAGACGACGUCCCCUGCGGUCCCCGCGGACCGCAACACCCCCGACGCGACGCUGCCGCCGCUGGACGAGCUGCCGGGGAGCCCCGACCCGCUGGCCGGGCUGUACAUCAAGUCGCGGGCCGGGGAGACGGUCCAGGUCAAGAUCCCGAGGGACUGCAUCGCGUUCCAGACGGGCGAGGCGCUGGAGAGGAUCACAAAAGGGAGGUUCAAGGCCGUCCCGCACUUCGUGCGCGGCGUGAGGCCGUCCAUGAGCAACGGCCGGGUGGCGAGGAACACGCUGGCCGUCUUCACGCAGCCCAACCUCGGCGAGGAGGUCGACGCGGACCAGCACAUCACGUUUGGGGAGUUUGCGAGAGGCGUCGUGAGCAAGAACACGGUCGAGGCUUGA